AACGGAGAAAACCAGGAUUGGUUGAUUGAAACAUCGAAACCCACCCACUAGAGAUAGUUUUCCUUUUUCCCGAAUCCCUCAACGGGAAAGAUCAAAGCUCCCGAGUUACGUUCCAAAACCGGAGAAAACUGGAGCUCACCUGUUAAUACGGCACUAUAACUGAAGCCCUAAAUUUGAAGUCCUGAUUUGAUAGGGCAAUGGAAGGAGCUGCUAGCGAAAGACGAAGCAACUUCCAGAGCCGUAGAUGCUGUAGCACGCCUGCUAUGGCUAGUUUGCCAGAUUUUACCGAUUCAUAUAUUGAAGAAAUUAAGAAGAAAAUCUGCAAACGGUUUGAAAGGCAAACAGUUGAGGAGGAAGUGAAGACGGAGCAAUGUGAGAAUAAAGACAAACUUCAGGAAGAAGAUGAAGAUAGCAAGGGUGCUGCAGUUAUUUUUUCUUUGAGAAAUCAAGUGGGUGGUCUAAUCCGAGCUUUACGAGUAUUUCAGGAAAAGAACGUGAACGUCGUGCACAUUGAAUCCAGGAAGUCCCGCAAGAGACCUUCGCAGUACGAGAUAUUUGUUGACGUUCAGUGCGAAUCCUCUCAAAUAAAAGAUCUAGUACACAAUCUAGAGCACGAGGUAGAAUGUGUCUCCCUGGAGCAGUAUGAAAAAGGAGAAGUUGACUUAAAUGAUAUGCCACCCCCUACACCCACAAGUCCUGGUUUUGAAUUAGCUUUUGAUGGUAUGCCUUGGUUUCCAAGAAAGAUAACUGAUUUGGACAAAACUGCAAAUAGAGUUCUGAUGUAUGGAGCUGAACUGGAUGCUGAUCAUCCGGGCUUCAAAGAUAAUGUUUACCGACAAAGACGAAAAUAUUUCACUGAUCUGGCAUUAUCUUAUAAACACGGUCAGCCUAUUUCUUAUGUGAACUAUACACCUGAGGAAAUAAAAACAUGGGGAACUGUUUUUACGCACUUGAAAGCAUUGUACCCAACACACGCUUGCAAAGAGUUUUUAGAGAACUUCAAUCUACUCAUCAAGUUUUGUGGAUACAGAAAAGACAACAUUCCACAAUUGGAAGAUGUGAGCCGGUUUCUAAGGCAAAGAACUGGAUUUCAGCUUCGUCCAGUUGCUGGAUAUCUAUCAUCACGUGAUUUUCUGGCAGGAUUGGCUUUUAGAGUAUUUCAUUGCACGCAGUAUAUUCGACAUAGUUCAGACCCAUUCUAUACGCCAGAGCCAGAUUGUUGUCAUGAACUUUUGGGUCAUGUUCCACUUCUUGCUGAUCCCAGUUUUGCACAAUUUUCACAAGAAUUGGGUCUUGCAUCUUUGGGGGCAUCCGAUGAUGAAGUGGACAAACUUGCAACGUGCUAUUUUUUCACUGUGGAAUUUGGCCUUUGCAAGCAAAACGGCGAAAUGCGCGUUUAUGGAGCUGGUCUUCUUUCUUCUAUUGCUGAACUCAAACACGCUCUAUCUGUAUCAGCAAAAGUGUUGCCAUUUGAACCGGAGAGAACAUCUCAACAGACACCAAUUAUCACAGCUUUUCAAGAUGCUUACUUUUACACUGACAGUUUUGAUGAAGCCAAAGAAAAAAUGAGGGAAUAUGCUUGCACCAUCAAGAGACCAUUUGGCCUGCGUUAUAAUCCGUACACUCAAACAGUCGAGAUACUGAGCAACACAAGAAAAAUUGCCAAUCUAGUCAGUGAGCUGAAGGGUGACUUAUGCGUCGUUACUGCGGCAUUAAAGAAAAUUCGAGGGAAGAAAUGUUGAACAAUUAACGAUUCGUUCUACAAGGCGAUUGAUUAUAAAAUGACUUUGAAGACAUGCGACCUUCUGGAGAGCAUACCGUUUGAGUGAACGGG